AUGAAGCUCGUCAUUUGCGGAGGGACUGGCUAUGUUGCCACAGAGCUGAUCCGUCAAGGCCUCGCGCUGCCCCAAAUUAGCAACCUGGUUGUCCUCUCCCGCCGGCCCAUCACCGUGCCUGAUGGCGCAAAUGCAGCAAAGUUGAAGCAGGUUCUGAUCGAGAAGUAUGACGAAUACCCGGACAAUGUGAAGAAGGAAUUAAGCGGCGCGAGUGGGUGUAUCUGGACUGUGGCCAUUACGCCAUCCAAGGCUACUCGUUAUGACUUUGAGGUGGUGCGGACUGUAUGCCAGACCAGCACCAUGGCUUUCCUCAAUGCAUUCAUGGACACCAAACCGACCAGCAAGUUCCGCUUUAUUUAUAUGAGCGGUGCGACUGUUGAGCGAGACCAGACCAAGAGGCCGUGGUUUCAUGCAGACUACGUACUUAUGAGGGGCGAAACCGAGAGCAAAGUGGAGGCAUUUGCAAAGGAGCACUCUGACCAUGUAGAAGCUCAGAUUGUCAAGCCGGGCCUCAUUACAAGCACCGCCACCUUAACACGGGCUGCUUCCUCGGCUUUCUUGAAAGGGCUAAGUUUAAUGGUUGGGUUUAUACAGAGCCUCACGGUGCAGGAAAUCUCCGCUGCCAUGCUGUCGCAAGUCGUCAAUGGGUUUGAGAAGGACGUUCUUGGUACGGACGACCUCAAACGUAUUGGGCAAGAUGUUCUGUCCAAGGGGGAGGAGUAG